GCAGGAUGUCUUUCUCCCGGAUCCAGAGUCUGCGACUGGCAGCUGGACUGGAGGAUUGUUCAGACCAACUGGACGUACUGGGACUGACCCUGGAGGUGAAGAUUGACAAGGAACGAGGCCCUGCAGCGGAACAGGAGAAAGCCAGAUUGACCAAGCUGAGGAGAGACUGUCAGUCCGUCUCGCAGACAGUGUUUAAGCUGCAUUCGGAGCUGGAGGAGAAGCAGAGCAUCAGUUCUUUGUUGCAGGUGGUGGAAGAAGUGGAGCAGAGGAAGAAGGCUGAGGACAUGAGAAGACAGAUAAAGACACAGCUGAACCAAAGAAUUCAAACUCUACGGACACAGAAAGAAGAGCUGUGUCACAAAAAAAAGACACUGAAGGACAUGUCCCUUCUGGUCAAAGACCUGAGUGAUCAGCUAAAUGAGCAUUCAUCAAAGAUGGACAGCGAGAAGAAGUUUAAGGAGAAAAGCAUGAUGCAGCAGGUGCUGAGGGACACCAGACAGGCUGACGGGCAGCUAGAGGACCAGCGGGAGCUGCUGCAGAUCCAGCUGAUGGAGGAGAAGAAGGUUCACGAAAGGUCUGUGAAAUUCCUCCAAAGUCAUCACGAGGAAUUGCAGCUGCAGCUGCAGCAGUGGCAGCAGCGCACGAGACAGAUGAAGCAGGAGAAGGAGCAGCAGCUCAACAGCGUGUGCUGCAAGAGAACGAUGAAUUUGGACAGGCUGUCGGAGAUGAGGAGGAAGUUCAGGGAGAUGGAGCAGGUGGUGUUGGAGGAUCGGGAGGAGCAGAAGAAGCUGCGUCGACAGCAGGCGGAGGCCAGAGCUGCCACCAAGCUGCAGGCAUGGUGGAGAGGCUGCAUGGUCCGCCGGGGCCUCGGCAGCUUCAAAAAAGCAGACGAUAACAAAGGCAAGAAGAACAAAGGCAAGAAGACGAAGGAAGAAAAGAAGACGAAGAAGGCAGUAAAGAAGAAUAGGAACUGA